AUGGCGGCGCCUGCAGCGGGCCCGGUGUUCUGGAGACGGCUGCUGGGCCUGCUCCCUGGCCGGCCCGGGCUGGCCGCGCUUCUGGGCCGGCUCUCCGACCGCCUGGGCAGGAGCCGGGAGCGCCGGCGCCGGAGGUCACCAUGGCUGUUAUUGGCUCCCUUGCUGUCCCCAACUGUUCCUCAGAUCACCUCCCCACCUUGCUGCCUAUGUCCCGAAGGUGUGCACAGGUUCCAGUGGAUCAGAAACCUGGUCCCGGAAUUCGGAGUCCCCAGUUCUCACGUCAGGGUGCUUUCUUCCCCUGCAGAGUUCUUUGAGCUCUUAAAGGGGCAGAUAAAAACAGCCAAGAGGCGAGUUGUGAUGGCAUCCCUCUACUUGGGGACAGGACCUUUGGAGCAGGAACUGGUGGAUUGUCUGGAGAGUUCUCUGGAGAAGUCACUACAAUCGAAGUUUUCUUCCGACCUCAAGGUCUCCAUCCUCCUGGACUUCACCCGUGGCUCCAGAGGGAGGAAGAACUCGCGCAGCAUGCUGCUCCCACUGCUGCAGAGGUUUCCAGAGCGCGUGCGUGUCUCCCUCUUCCACACACCAAACCUCCGAGGACUCCUCCGACUCCUUAUCCCUGAGCGCUUCAACGAGACCAUCGGACUCCAGCACAUCAAGGUGUACCUCUUUGACAACAACGUCAUCUUGAGUGGUGCAAACUUGAGUGACUCCUACUUCACCAACCGCCAGGACCGCUAUGUGUUCUUACAAGACUGUGCUGAGAUCGCAGACUUCUUCACAGAGCUGGUGGAUGCGGUGGGGGAUGUGUCCCUGCAGCUGCAGGGGGAUGACACCGUGGACGUUGUGGAUGGCAUGGUGCACCCUUACAAAGGUGACCGGGCUGCGUACUGCAGAGCAGCUAACAAACGGGUCAUGGACGUGAUCCACUCAGCCAGGACCCGACAACAGAUGCUGCAUGCACAGACCUUCCACAGUGACUCUCUGCUGAGUCAGGAAGAGGCUGCGGCUGCUGGGGACCGGAGACCAGCACCAGACACCUGGAUUUACCCACUGAUCCAGAUGAAGCCCUUUGAGAUUCAAAUAGAUGAGAUAGUCACUGAGACCCUGCUGACAGAAGCCGAGCGGGGAGCUAAGGUCUUCCUCACAACUGGCUACUUCAACCUGACCCAGGCCUAUAUGGACCUGGUGCUGGGCACUCGAGCCGAGUAUCAGAUCCUCCUAGCCUCACCAGAGGUGAAUGGCUUCUUUGGAGCCAAGGGCGUGGCAGGCGCCAUCCCAGCUGCCUAUGUGCACAUCGAGCGACAGUUCUACAGCGAAGUAUGCAGCCUGGGGCAGCAGGACCGGGUCCAGCUGCAGGAGUACUGGCGCAAGGGAUGGACCUUUCAUGCCAAAGGCCUCUGGCUGUACCUGGCAGGGAGCAGCCUGCCCUGCCUCACGUUGAUUGGCUCUCCUAAUUUUGGGUACAGGUCAGUUCACCGGGACCUAGAAGCCCAGAUUGCCAUCGUGACGGAGAGCCGAGCCCUGCAGCAGCAGCUCCAUCAGGAGCAGGAGCAGCUCUACUUGAGAUCAGGUGUGGUGUCGUCUGCGACCUUUGAGCAGCCAGGUCGGCAGGUGAAGCUGUGGGUGAAGAUGGUGACCCCACUGAUCAAGAACUUCUUCUGACAACAGGAAUGGCCUUGAUGAAGAUGACAGGCAUGACUGGCGUGAGGUCCUUUAGCCGUGCUUCAGCAAUGACUCCGGUCUGGGUGUCCCAGCGAGCUCCUGUGGACACAGUGUAGCUGAUGGCCUGGGUAUUGUAUGGGAGGCUGAGCCGCUGUUUGGAGUGCUGACCAUGAAUAAGGGAGGCACCAGCAGAGAUAGAGGCCUGGCCUCCGACCUCUCUGAUCUUUUCAGAGACAGGCCAGUGAAGUGGGAGCCCUGAAGAGCUCAGGCCAGGUGCCAGAAGUGCCAAACAUGGGUACGCACUGAGGACUUGGAGGUGACCCUGCGUGCUGUAAUGGCUCUGAGGCUCAUC